CAAAUGACGAUCGAGUCAUGUUAGCGUGCCGUCGUUCACUCGCUCGGCGACAAUGGCGGCAGAUCUCGAACAGUUUCAACAAAUUUUAAACACACUUCUCAGCGCAGAUAAUGAUGCCCGAACGCAAGCGGAGGAAGCAUAUAACAAUCUUCCGGUGGAAUCUAAGGUAACAUUCCUUUUAACAUCGGUUUGCAACAAUGUCCUUACAGAAGAAAUGCGUGCUAUGGCUGCAGUCCUACUGCGCCGACUUUUUUCAUCUGAUUUCAUGGACUUCUAUUCUAAGAUCCCUCCAGAGGCACAAGUACAAUUAAAAGAGCAAAUCUUGUUAUACGUUCAAAAUGAACAAACAGAAACAAUUCGUCGUAAAAUAUGUGAAAUUGCAGCCGAAGUUGCUCGUAAUUUAAUUGAUGAAGAUGGAAACAAUCAAUGGCCAGAAUUUUUGCAGUUCCUGUUCCAAUGCGCUAAUAGUCCUUUACCGGCAUUAAAAGAAAGUGCAUUAAGAAUGUUUACUUCCGUCCCUGGUGUAUUUGGAAAUCAACAAUCGAAUUAUCUUGAUCUUAUUAAGCAAAUGUUACAACAAUCAGUCACGGAUAAUACAAAUUAUGAGGUUAGAUUCCAAGCAGUAAGAGCAAUAGGCGCUUUUAUAACUUUACACGAAAAAGAAGAUCAUAUACAGAAACAUUUUUCUGAACUUUUACCAGUAGUUGUGCAAGUAACUCUUCAGUCCGUAGAAAAACAAGUUGAUGAUGCUUUAUUAAAAGUAUUGAUUGACUUAGCUGAGUCUACACCUAAAUUUUUGAGAAAUCAAUUAGAGAAUAUCAUGGAAAUGUGUAUGAACAUUUUUUCAAAUGAAGAAAUGGAAGAUUCCUGGAGACAAUUAGCUCUCGAAGUUUUAGUAACACUUUCAGAAACUGCACCAGCAAUGGUUCGUAAAGUUGGUGGAAAAUACAUAACAGCAUUAGUACCCUUGGUUUUAAAAAUGAUGACAGACUUAGAGGAGGAUGAUAAAUGGAGUUUCUCCGAUGAAAUUAUAGAAGAAGAUAACGACAGUAAUAAUGUAGUAGCUGAAAGUGCUUUAGACAGAUUAGCAUGUGGAUUAGGUGGUAAAACCAUGCUGCCGCUUAUAGUGCAAAAUAUUCCUUCUAUGUUGAGUAACACUGAUUGGAAAUACAGACACGCAGCACUGAUGGCUAUAUCUGCUGUUGGUGAGGGAUGCCACAAGCAAAUGCAAUCUAUAUUACCACAAAUUAUGGAGGGUGUUAUACAAUAUUUACAAGACCCUCAUCCUCGUGUAAGAUAUGCUGCUUGUAAUGCAGUAGGACAAAUGUCAACAGACUUUGCUCCUUUAUUCGAAAAAAAAUUCCACGAUAAAGUUAUACCUGGAUUACUUAUGGUAUUAGAUGAUAAUGCAAAUCCUAGAGUACAGGCACAUGCAGGAGCUGCACUUGUUAAUUUCAGUGAAGACUGUGCAAAAAAUGUAUUAACUAUGUACCUUGAUGCUAUUAUGGCAAAGCUUGGAUCCAUACUCUCUGCUAAGUUUCAAGAAUUAGUUGAGAAGGGUACUAAACUUGUUUUAGAACAAGUUGUAACAACUAUUGCUUCUGUCGCUGAUACAUGUGAAGAACAGUUUAUUACUUAUUAUGACAGAUUAAUGCCUUGUCUAAAAUAUAUUAUUCAAAAUGCAAAUUUACCAGAGCUCAAAAUGUUAAGAGGAAAAACAAUAGAAUGUGUCAGUCUCAUAGGUGUAGCUGUUGGCCCAGAAAAAUUCAUUGCCGAUGCUAAUGAAAUAAUGGAAUUGUUAUUAAAAACACAUUCUGAAGAUCUACCCGACGAUGAUCCUCAAACAAGUUACUUAAUUUCUGCUUGGGUACGCAUUUGUAAAAUUCUUGGAAAACAAUUUGAACAAUACUUGCCAUUAGUAAUGGGUCCUGUACUACGUACUGCUGCAAUGAAACCAGAAGUUGCAUUGUUAGAUAAUGAAGACAUGCAAAGUAUAGAAGGAGAUGUUGAUUGGCAAUUUGUUUCUCUUGGAGAACAACAAAAUUUUGGCAUUAAAACAGCUGGUUUAGAAGACAAAGCAUCCGCAUGUGAAAUGCUGGUUUGUUAUGCUCGUCAAUUGAAAGAAGGAUUUGCGGAUUAUGCUGAAGAGGUAGUGCGGCUUAUGGUUCCUAUGUUAAAAUUCUAUUUUCAUGAUGGUGUACGUAUCGCAGCUGCAUCAAGUUUACCAUGCCUUCUUGAUUGUGCAAAAAUCAAAGGAGUACAGUAUUUAGAAGGAAUGUGGUCUUACAUUUGUCCUGAAUUGUUAAAAGCUAUUGACACGGAACCAGAAUCUGAUGUAUUGUUAGAACUGUUAUACUCUCUGGCCAAAUGUAUAGAAACAUUAGGAGCUGGUUGUUUGGGUACCGAACCUAUGGCAGAACUUUUACGUCUAUUGAAUAAAUUACUCAAUGAACAUUUUGAAAGAGCAGUAGCUCGAUUAGAAAAAAGAAAAGAUGAAGAUUACGACGAAGUAGUCGAAGAACAGCUUGAAGAUGAAGAUAAUGAAGACACAUACACUCUGAGUAAAAUUGCAGAUAUUUUACACGCUCUUUUUGUAACACAUAAAUCAUCAUUUUUCGUAUGUUUCGAUCAAAUUUGUGGACAUUUUGUAAAAUUAUUAAGUCCUGAUAGGCCUUGGUCAGACCAUCAGUGGGCUUUAUGUGUAUUUGAUGAUGUAAUAGAAUUCGGUGGUCCUGAGUGCGCAAAAUACCAAGAAUUCUUUUUACGGCCAAUGAUUCAAUAUGUAUCAGAUAAAUCUGCUGAAGUUAGACAAGCGGCAGCAUAUGGUUGUGGAGUUUUAGGUCAAUUUGGAGGAGAAGCAUUUGCUCAAGCAUGUGCUGAAGCGUUACCAAGGUUAAUGGAAGUAAUAAAUGAUCCAGAAUCUAGAUCACCAGAAAAUGUUAAUCCCACAGAGAAUGCUAUAUCAGCAGUGACAAAAAUUCUAAAAUAUAACAACACAGCCAUUGACGUAGACAAAAUUCUUCCACACUGGCUGUCUUGGCUGCCAGUUGUAGAGGACGAAGAUGAAGCUCCUCAUGUUUAUGGAUAUCUAUGUGAUUUGAUUGAAGCUAAUCACGUAUUAGUUUUAGGACCCAACAAUUCAAACCUCCCUAGAUUAAUAAGUUUUUUCGCCGAAGCCCUUCACAGAGCAGCUGUGCCUACAGAAGAUCCCGUUAUGGCCAGGAUUCUUGGUAUCGUUAGACAAAUUCAGAACAACGAAUCUAUGUUUCAAGCAUGUAUAAAUGCUUUAACGACGGAUCAACAACAGGCAUUGAGUGAAGCACUCAAUGCACAGACAACCAAUUAGCCCUCUGCUUUUAUCGUCAAAUUUCAAAAACUUUAGUGUAAAGAAAAAAAAUAAUAAGAAUAUUAAUUUAAAAAAAACAUCAUACUCGCGUUAAGGUAUCCUUAUUACGGGAAAAUUACCAAGAUUUCAGGUAGCUAGAUUGUACGUAUGGGAUUUUUUCUUCAGCCUAAUAACUAUCAACAAAUAAACAGUUAUAUUUACUGUUUAACGUAUUAUUAAUAAUCUACUUAUUGUUGAUUGUAUAUUUCUGCAUUAUCAAAUUCUUUAACGAUAUCAAUUUUAGUAUUCGGGAUUGUUGCAAAAUCAAAUCGUUAAAUUGAUAAUUUUAUUCACUGCUGACCGCAAUGCAGUAUAAUACACAUGUAAUAUACUAAUGUAAAGGUCAUGACUAUGAACGAACUCGCACUAACGAAUUUGAAAGAAACAAAAAUAAAAUUUCUUAUAAUACUCUUCCAUGAUGGUAACGAUAUUAAUCAAAUGUAUUAUAUAUACACAGAAUUUUCUUUCACUAAUCUUAAAACUCUUCGCUAAACAAAAGAAAGAGAAAUAGAACUUGAAUGAGAUAAACAGAGCUAUUAAAAUUUUGGGAAAAUUAUCUGAACAUCGAGAGUCGAGUUAUGCUGAAUCUGUAUAUGAAAAAUGUAGCUUUAUAAAUCAAAUAGUGUUUACGGACACUAAACAGUUUUGUUAUGCAAAUGUAAUUAUAAGAAACAUGAUGUUUUUGUCACUGCGAUUUCGCAUACUUCUUUAUUUCAUCUAUUGUUCUGGAACUGCACGUCGGUUCUUUCGAUAGAAAAAACGAUACAUCUUAUGAAAAUAUCUAUUCAGAUAGAUUUACAAAAGCAAUUAAACAUUGCUUUGAGAUAAUGUUGUAAUAUUGUGAUUUAGGUAUUUUUAUUAUUAAAUUUAGGUACAGUAAAUGUUAUUUAAUGCUAACAUUGAUAAUAUUGCAGUGUUGAAGUUGGACGUAACUGUAUACGAAUGCCUUUUGAAUGAAACGUAAUGUUAUUGUUCAAUUAAUUAGAUCUGCUACAAAAUCUAACUCCAUUAAGAAAAAAUUAAAAAGUUAUAUUUAAAUGAAUUACAUAAGACAUGUCUUUACGUUUUAAUAACUGAAAAUUAAGAAACAACACUGCGUAUAUUUUAUAAUCAAUUAAUGGUGUUUUAUUUCUCUUAUAUUUUUUUAUCAUUAAUAUUAUUAUUCUAUUUUUUUCUUAGAUUCUCUGAUUUUUUAAUUAUUUAAUAGAAAUGACCAUUAUUAAGACAUUACGUUUCCUUUUAGUACAGAUUAAAAAAAGAAAACUGACAAGGAUUGUGAAAAGAGACGUUAUGCAAAAAAUGACUGAGUGACAAAUAGUGUUAAAUAAUUCCCUGUUCUUGUUGCUAUUUAUUUAUAUACUAUAAAUCCUGUAAUAUGCAAUAUUACAUUAAAAUUUCCGAUGGAAAAUAUACCAUGAAGAAACUUGUGAGUAGUUCUAACGUAAACGCUCAUAAUGAUAACAUUCUUUUUAUUAUAAUGUGCGAUAAUUAAUAGCGAUAAUGAUCAAACGAUUAUGUGUAAAUACAACAAAGUAUAUGAAUAUCAAACAAGUAUAUGAGGUCAAACUAAUUGACUACAAAUAUCAAUAAUUUAUGACAAAUAUUGUCUUAAUUAUGAUUUCACGUAGAUCAGUAAAUGAUUUUAAUGAAACGCAUAAAAAAUUGUAACAUUUAUCGAAUAACGAUAAAGGAGACUGUUUAUGCGUUACAUAACAAUAACAGAAUAAGGACUUAAAAAAAGUGAAAGCAUGAAAUAUCUAUAAUUCUUAUUAUAUAGAGAUUAUUUUAAAGUUAUUAUUAAGUCAAAAUAAACUUCAGCUUUAUAA